GAACUCUCAAGUCCUAAAUUCAUAGCUUUGAUAUACAAAAGAAUGGCUUCUUUUGCUUCCCCUUGUGUAUUUCUACAAUUAGCCCUGCUCAUCUCUCUGUUCCAUUUUGGCUCAGCAGCUAGGAUUUUUGCUGAGACAUCAGACCAAACCCAGCAGCCUCUUCUGUUCCAAUAUCACAAUGGCCCUCUUCUUACUGGCAAAAUCUCCAUCAACUUGAUCUGGUAUGGAAAGUUUAAGCCUUCGCAGCGCGCGAUUAUUUCCGAUUUCAUCACCUCCCUUUCCACUUAUUCUCCAUCUAAAAACCAACCAUCAGUUGCAACAUGGAGGAAAUCCAUUGAGAAAUACUACCACCUUGCCAAUGCAAAGAAAUCCUCAUCACUUUCCCCCUCUUUGGGUACCCAAAUCCUUGACCAGAACUACUCUCUGGGAAAAUCCCUGUCUCAAACACACAUCAAGAAUUUGGCAGCCAAGGGUGGCCAGAGUAACGCUAUCAAUGUUGUUUUGACCUCAUCAGAUGUUCUUAUUGAUGGGUUUUGCUCUAGCAAAUGUGGUACACACGGGUCUUCACUGAGCUCCAUCAUCAGGGGCAAGAGCUCCAAGUUUGCUUACAUCUGGGUCGGAAACUCUGAAACUCAAUGCCCUGGUCAGUGUGCUUGGCCUUUCCAUCAGCCAAUUUACGGACCACAAUCCCCACCUUUGGUUGCACCCAACAAUGAUGUCGGUCUGGACGGUAUGAUCAUCAAUCUAGCUAGCCUUUUGGCAGGGACUGUGACCAACCCUUUUGGAAAUGGGUUCUACCAGGGUCCCAGGGAGGCUCCAUUAGAGGCUGCCUCAGCUUGUCCUGGUGUCUAUGGGAAAGGAGCUUAUCCUGGUUAUGCAGGAGACCUAUUAAUUGAUGCUACUACUGGUGCUAGCUACAAUGCCAAUGGUUUGAAUGGGAAGAAGUAUCUGCUGCCUGCUUUGUUUGACCCUUCGACCUCAACUUGCUCCACUCUUGUUUGAGAGUUGAGAUUACUUAGGCUUGAAACCACGUUAUAGUCUAGAUCAUGUAGAGGAUACAGACUGGAGUAAGAAAACUUUUACACUUAUAUUUGGCUUAUAUGGACAAAAUGUACC